GGUAAUCUUGCACCAGGCCACAAUUUUCAGUACAUUUUCAUAUGGUGAACUGGUGAUUGUCCUAUGACAUUGAUGUAUUGCCUGAUACUGGGAAAUAAGGUGUAUCUGGGAAGACAGUUCAAGUUCACUCCUUUGCUCAAGAAUUAGACAGAAAUCAUACCCAUUUUGAUCAAAUUUCAACCCAAAAAAGAAAAAGAAAGAAAUUUCAAGAAAAAGAGGAGAGAGAAAAUGUUGGCAGUGUUCAACAAGGAAGUAGCAAAGUGCCCAGAAGAGCUGAAGAAUGCUGAAUCAUUGGGAAAUGUGAAGGAAGAUGCUUUGAUUCAACAGUUUUCUUCAGUUCAUCCAAAUGCUCUUUCUGUUCAUCUUGGAGAUUCUGGGUUUAUUGCCUUUUCAUCUGAUAAGCAAAACCCUCUCUUACCCAGGCUUUUUGCAGUUGUGGAUGACAUAUUCUGCUUGUUUCAUGGACACAUUGAGAACAUACCUUCUCUAAAACAAUUGUAUGGAUUAACUAAAACUGCGAAUGAGGUUAGCAUCAUCAUAGAGGCUUACCGUUCCUUGCGAGACAGAGGCAGCAGUCCUGCUGAUCAUGCAUUGAGAAACAUUGAAGGGAAAUUUGCAUUCGUGAUUUAUGACAGUUCGAUAAAGACCACCUUCUUCUCUGUGGAUACUGAUGGAAGUGUCCCUCUUUUCUGGGGAACGGAUUCUGAAGAUCACCUUGUUCUCUCUGACAUUCCUGAGGUUAUGCAGAACGCCUGUGGCAGAUCAUUUGCUCCAUUUCCGAAAGGAUUCUUUUUUACAUCUGCUGGUGGCCUGAAAAGCUACGAGCAUCCACGAAAAGUGCUAAAGGCAGUUCCAUGGGUCGAUAGCUCGGGCCAAGCUUGUGGAUCAACUUUCAUGGUGACUGAAGAAUCUAACAAGGAGAACAAACAACUGGGAAUCAAAUCAGGAAUGCCUAGAGUUGGCAGUGAUGCUGAUUGGUCCAAGAAAAUAUGAAAAAUAAAUCAACAAAUCUUUUUUAUUAUCAUACAAUGCAAAGUCUUUUUCAUUGUCCUUCACAACUAACUUCUACUCGUGUUUUUAAUACCCAAGUGGGUUUUACUUCUUGGAUGUUAUAUAAAUUGCCUCAUUGGCAUUUCAGUUUUAUCAUAAAAAUAGUACAUAUUUGAAAAAAAAUAAUGUCGACAAUAAUUGUAUUUCACAUAUUUGUACAUUUGUGUACAUUUGUGUUCGAUCA